AUGGAGGCCCGAGGGUCUCCGUGGGCGGGAGCAGCAGCGGCUCUUCAAGCGGGGAGCGGCGGCCCGAGCGGCCUCCCCGAGGGACCCCGCAGCUCCGAGGCCGAGCGCCGGUGCUUCCGCAGCUGCCGCCCCCGGGAGGACGAGGGGCCCCGGGCGCUCUGCAGCCGCCUGCACCGGCUGUGCCGCGAGUGGCUGCGGCCCGAGCGGGGCGGCAAAGCCGAGAUGCUGGACCGGGUGGUGCUGGAGCAACUGCUGGCCCUGCUGCCCCCGGAGCUGGCGGGCUGGCUACGGGAGUGCGGGGCGGAGAGCUGCGCCCAAGCGGUGGCCCUAGCCGAGGGCUUCCUGCUCGGCCCGCCGCCCUCCUCCGCCCCCCGGGAGCUCCCCGGAGAGGGCCGGCAGUUGCAGGAGCUGUUCAUGGAUGACAUUUCAUCAGAGCUUCAGGGAAGAGGGGAUCGAUCCAGUCCUUCUAAAGAGGAUGUUUUCUCGAAGAUCCAAAUAGGGCCAACUUGCCAGGACUCUGUUCCCUUUGAGGAGGUGGCUGUGGACUUUACAGAAGAGGAGUGGGCAUUGCUGGAUUCUGGCCAGAAAGCCUUGUGCAGGGAAGUCAUGCUGGAGCUUUUUAGAAAUAUGGUUUCUUUGGCAGGUGAUGGUGAUGGGCUGGUGAAUGAAAAAGAAAAGCAGCCAAGGCUAUUGACAAUGGAAAGAGAAAUGUCUGCAAAGAGUCAUUCCUUCUCUUUUACUUUACCUAAAAUACUGUAUAGGAAACACAAACCACAUACCUUUGUAAAAUAUGAGACAGAUUUCAGCCUAAGCAAAAAGAUGAAACUAUGCAUGCAGUCCGGAAAGAGCUUCAGUAGCAAAAGUAAUCUUCAUUGUCAUCCGAGGAUCCACACAGGUGAGAGACCAUAUAAAUGCAUGGAGUAUGGAAACAGGUUUAUUGACAAUUGGAGCCUUAUUUUCCAUCAAAGGAUACACAUGGGGGGAAAACCAUAUAAAUGCAUGGAGUGUGGAAAAAGCUUUUGUUGGAACUCAGAACUUAUUCGUCAUAAGCGGAUCCAUACUGGGGAGCGACCAUAUAGAUGCAUAGUGUGUGGAAAAGACUUUACUCAGAAAAGACAUCUUACUGUUCAUGAAAGGAUCCACACCGGGGAGAGACCAUACAACUGCACCGACUGUGCAAAGCAGUUUACUCAGAAAGCUCAUCUCAUUCAUCAUGAAAGAAUCCAUACAGGGGAGAGACCAUAUAAAUGCACAGAGUGUGGAAAAACCUUUGCUCAAACAGCACAACUUAAUGCUCAUAAAAGGACCCACUUUGGGGGGAAACUAUUUAAAUGCUUGGAGUGUGGAAAAAGCUUUAACUGGAGCAGAGGUCUAAUUCAUCAUGAAAGAAUCCACACUGGGGAGAGACCAUAUAAAUGCACAGAGUGUGGAAAAAGCUUUACUCAAACAGCACAUCUUAAUGCUCAUAAAAAGAUCCAUACAGGGGAGAGACCAUAUAAAUGCCUGGAAUGUGGAAAGAGCUUUUUUGACAGCAGAGACCUUGGUCGACAUCAAAUGAUUCAUACAGCAGACAAACCAUAUAAAUGCAUAGAGUGUGGAAAGAGCUUUAUUGACAAGGGGCGCCUCACUGUGCACCAAAGAAUUCACACAGGGGAAAGACCAUAUACAUGCAUGGAGUGUGGAAAAAGCUUUUGUCGGAACUCAGAAUUGAUUCAUCAUAAGAGGAUCCACACUGGGGAGAGACCAUAUAAAUGCAUGGAGUGUGGAAAGAGCUUUGCUUGGAAAGGACAUCUUAGCACUCAUAAAAGGAUCCACACAGGGGAGAGACCAUAUAAAUGCUUGGAGUGUGGAAAGAGUUUUGUCAGGAAAGGAUGUCUUACUGGUCACGAAAGAAUUCACACAGGAGAUAAACCAUAUAAAUGCACAGACUGUGGAAAGAUGUUUGCUAGGACAGGUCAUCUUUAUUCUCACAAAAGGAUCCACUCAGUGGAGAGACCAUAUAAAUGCUUGGAGUGUGGAAAAAGCUUUAACUGGAACAGAGAUCUUACUCGUCAUGAAAGGAUUCACACUGGGGAGAGGCCAUACAAGUGCAUGGAAUGCGGAAAGCAAUUUAAUCAGACAAGUGCUCUUAUUAAUCAUGAAAGAAUCCAUACAGGGGAGAGACCAUAUAAAUGCACAGAGUGUGGAAAAAGCUUCGCUCAAAGAGGACCACUUAAUUUUCAUAAAAAGAUCCACAUGAAGGAGAAAUUACAUAAAUGCGUGUAGUGUGCAAAAAGUUCUAACAAGACUCAUGAAAGAAUCCACACAUGAGAAAAUCCAUAUAAUGCAUGGAG